UUCAAGCUGUCGCGCUUGUUUGCGUAGUGAAUCCCAUGAGACCGAGGGCUGUGAAGGUAACAGAGAUGAUAAAUCCUGUUCUUCGUCCUGAAUGGAUGUGGUCAUCAAAGGAACUAAUGAUGGAGACGGAGGGUUGGACGAUGACCGAGUUGUUCGAAUCAUGAUGCCAAUGAGAAGACUCAAUAAACUCAACUCAGCCAGCCAGCAGAGUUGGGCCUAUUGAAAUGUCCAAAUUUGGCAUCCUUCACAAGCACAGCCCUUCUUUUUCUUUCAACACCCUACAUUCAAUGGCUUACAAUGAAGGUCCUGUAAGAUUUUCAAAUAGUACUGUCAUAGACAUGGAGCCUGUGUCGCCUCAGGCUCCAGGCGGUCCAUUUAGUAUCCACGGAUCGUUGAAUGAUCUCGAACGAGAUGAGAACAACCAUCGCCGUCGAUCUUACAUCACACCGACGGCUGCCCCGAAAUUAGAAGAGUACCGGAAAAUCAUUCAUCACAUUAUAUCAAAAUUGCGAAAACGAAAGCGUCCUCCGCCAUACGCAGAGUUCAAUAGUAGUAGCCAGCAGACAGUCUUCGAUAAUGAGGACGUUGCCGAUUUGCUAUCUCAGCUCCGGGAUGUAUUGCAAAUUUGCACAAAAGCCGGCUGGACAUUAAAGACAGUGAUAGACAUUCCACGUGGCCGCGGAGACAAUCACUCCGCCUCAUCAUCCAGGUCCAAUUCUCCAGCCCGAUCUCCUCGUUCUGCCUCUCCAGCCCGAUCGUUUGAUGGAGGAUCACCAAGAGGGGCAAAUUUUCCACUUGACAAAUCGAUGAGUAAUGGAGAGAUUCCAUUCAUUGCGGAAAUUCUUGCCGACGUUGUCCUGAACGAUUGCCGAUACCAAGUAGCCAUUCCAAAACCAUCUCGACCUUCGUACGCCUUACAUUCAAUUACCAUCGAUAUGGCGAUUUUACUUGUUCAGCAAGAUACCAGGAAUUUAGCAUGGUUAUUCGAAAUUGGAAUGAUUAUGCUUCCUGCCUUCGAUACCUUUCCUCCUGGCCCACUUAUUGGAAAACUGCUUGUGUUGUACAUCGACUGGAUCAUACCCAACCUCAUCAAGGCACACGCACCUACAUAUCUAUUUGAAUACAAUAAUUAUAUUGAUAAUGAAGUACCUACGAUAAGGGAACCUGGUAUCAAUGUGUCGGAUGUACAGAAUGCUCAUUCAGGAGCCCCGACAAUCAAUAUUCAACAGCCUGAGAGAGAAAACAAUAGCGCGAGAAGGAAUGGCUCUGGACUGACCAUUCAAACUAGCCGAAAUGUACAGAUGAGGUCCAACCAUGAUCCAACUUUAGUGCGGCGCUCAUCUAGCGUAUCUGGUUCUCAUAGUGGUGACCUAUCCAUCGAUAGCUACUACACAUACGCUCUCUUCUCACCGCUUUUGCUACUCAUGAUUCAAAAUCUAAACCCUUAUAUCUCUGCUAAACGAUCGUUUUCACUCCCCAAAGCACCAGUUGAUCUCCUACGUGAAUCAAAUACCUUAUUUCAUUUUUACCAGGCGCUAGAUUUUAUGAUAUCGCAGAAGAACGACAUUUACCUGGAUUUGUUGGAUAUUAUAUCAUAUGGAAAUGAUGAAGUACGAUCUCGAGCUACGCAAAUUUUAUUCCACUACUAUGGUAGAAGCUUAGGACACAUUACAGUAGCCGAACCCCUUGCCAAGCUGGGACAUAGAGAACAGAUGGUUAUUGCUGAGAGCGAAAACAGAGAAGAAAGAGACCGAGAGGAACGGGAUCGAAUGGCUGUUAUCGAAGCUAUGCGUGCAGGAGGAACAUUCAACAUGUCCAACCUGAAUCGAAAAAAUAGAAUGGGCACGUCUCCACUAGGAGGAAGAGACUAUCAGGAAACAGAUCUAAAAAUUUCUGAAAGGGUCGAACUAGAUGAAGAUGAUGAAAACCAUGUAUUCUUCCCGCAUAUGUUCCCAGAAGCACGCCAACGAUUGUCGGAUGACAUUGGAAUAUCUAUGCAGAGAUCGUCACAAGGAAUAGCGAUGCUGAACAUCCAAUCCACAAAUGAUGACCAAAGUUCCAACUGUCGUGAAUGCUUCAAGAUCAUUAAAGGCUACGGUCUCAAGUGCUACACGUGCCGUGAUGGUUUGCAUUAUAAUUGCUACAACCAGAAGAUGUCGACUAACCUCCUCGAUAUUCUCCACUAUGUGAAUGAUGGAGGAGUGCACAAAGUCGUCAGUCCUCAGUACUGUACCAUUAGAUCUAUAUUCCGCAAAGUACCUGCUUUUGGAUCCGGAAAUGUGCCCACUAAAUUACCGGCUUUCUUCAGAAAUCAAACAUCGUUAGAUAUUCAUGGACAUCAAUUCCAACUUGUGAACCUUUUUACUUUGACUCUCUGUCUAUGCUGCAGGCUGCCUCUGUGGGGAAUAUCGUAUCAAGGCUACCAAUGUACAAAAUGCAAUCGCUUUGCUCAUCUAGACUGCUUGUUUUCUAACAGUGAGCAAGGAAGUAAUACACUUUUUGACUGCCGACCAGCAGCAUUCACGGAGAAGGACAUAUCUAUUGAAAGGCGGAGACUCGAAGACGAUUUUGUACAAAAUUACAAUGACAUGCUGAUCAAAGCCGAAAAUAUGCAUAACACUUCAUUCGAAGAAGUAAGCUCGCUACUCAACAUCCUGUUACUACAAGAAAAUAUUCUUCAUUGUGGUACCUCAGCUGGCUGCCUUGUUGUUAUCGAAUCGGAUACCAAUCCACUGGCAACUCAAGAUAUUGGUAAUGGUCAAACUGGAGGUGUCAAUGACAAUAGAUCUGAUGAACUUCGUAAGGCCAUUGAGAGAUGCACGUCUUAUUUGUCCAAUGGCGACCCUAAAGCAUCAACUUUCUUAAAUGACCUUUCCAUUGUCAACCACUAUCAUGUGAGCGACAUGAUUUUUAGCGACGAUCUUUACUUGUCUCAUAUAGCUGCAAUGUUAAAGGCUCAAAGCAACCGAUCUCAUUUUGAUGGAGAUGGCAACGGAUCCACGCUGUCGUCAUCUCCCAGGCGUCGCUCUAUCAUCAGCUCUACUGGCUAUCUCCAAGUUUCUACCAAUUCUCGUAAUCGGCAAGUGGCUGGCGGUGGUUACGAUCAUGUUGAAGAAAAUUUGACGCCAAACGAAAUGCUGCACAGCCAAUCUAUGCUGGAAUGGGUCCAGGGCAAUUUGAAAAUCACAAGUACCAGUUUGGCUCGAGUUUUCCUACAACAUUUAUCUGAUGUUGGCUUGUUUGAACGGUUGGAUGGGAUGCCAUUGGUUUUCCUGGAAAGUAGAAUAUCAAGGAUUCGAAGUCCUUCAUCGGCAACCAUGGAUACUACUUCAGUACCAUGCAUCUUCACGGCGCCAUUCGCGAUCGACUCUUCCCCCAGUGUCGAAUCUCUCAUCACUGCCAUUUUGGCUUGUCUUACUGACAUGAGCUUGUCCAUCAAUGAAUACGGGUUACUGUUACUUACUCGGCGAUGUUGGCCGGAUCCAUUCACAUCAGUAUACACUUGGGAACGAUUGAUAUAUGCUACAUUGAAAUGGGUGUAUCAAGAGGACGAGCAACUAUCCGUCAUACAUGCCGAGUAUACUGCUAAAGGCCAACACGGAGCAGGUGUUAGCAAAAACCGAUGGCAAGUCGCUGCUCAAGCAGCUCUCAUGUCCAAGAACAGAGGCGGAUUUUUGACCAAAAACAGACAGAGUGUUCAGCAACAAAAUCAGCAAGGUGUAGGCAUGGGCACUGGUGGCGUCUAUGUUAGCAUGCGUAAUGUUCUGCGCGACAAGUACCUUGUUGGCUGGAUGUCGGCUGUGUAUGACUUGAAUAGGGAAACAUUUGGCAAGAUCAUUUUUGAAAUGACCAAGAGAAUUGUUUUAGAAAAGAAAGAAGAAGGGAAAUUCUCGUCGCCUGUCGACCAUGGCGAAGUGGCGCAUAAUGAGGUGCUUAAGCAGGAUUAUUUCUUGGCCUGCCUCCUCAAAGCAAGAUCAUUUGGUAUUUUAUUCUCUUCUUUUGAUACCAUCAUUGAAUCCUGGAUAAAUGCUGCGACUGAAGCCUUUGGCUCACUCGGGUUAUUAGAGAUGGAGUCCCUCUCAUCCAUGAAAACACUUCAGCGAUUGUGCCAUCAGAAGGGAAGUAGUAGUACUGGGUCUUCGGACAAUCGUCUCAGUAUAUACGGCAAUAGUAUUACCUCGGAUGACAACGGCGUUGAGGGGCUUCUGGGCAAGCAACUGGAGCAGCCUUAUAAGCUUAUUGUCGGCGCCUUUGAUAACGAAAGUUUUGAGGAUUUUGCGAAAGGUAUCAAUUGGAUCAAAUUGUUGAUGCACUCAGGUGUUGGUGUACCGGUUCUCUAUCUGGCUAAAAUUGCAAGGAAGUUGGCAGUUGCACAUGCACCAUUGUCGCUUCAAGUUGAUAUGUUGAAAUGCAUGUGGUAUCAAUCUAUCAAAGGAUUGAGUAUCGUCACUUCCCGAUCGGCAAUUCGCGAUGUUGUUGGAUAUCUGAAUGAGUGUGCCAUACCAAGUUUACAACAAAUGGCUCAACAGCACGAUAUAACAAAUGAUGAUUUGCAAAAUGCCCAAGAUUUUAUCAAAUAUUCUGCCGCACUCACUUGCUUUGCAUACAAAUGCCCUAUGAGCAAUGUUGUGGAACUGCAGAUUGUACCAUACGUAAACCAGCAUGUCCCAACACAACCAGAACGAACUUCAUUAUUACCAGACACCAGCUCUACUGUCGGUGUUGAUAACAACACUGUGAUCAUCAAAUGUCUCCUGCAGUAUCUACAAUUGGAUAGUUUCAAUGUUCGCGAGGAGUUAAUUUUGACAUUCUAUGCCUUGUCCAAUUGGGGCUUUGAUUUAGCCAGUAAAUCAGAUUUUCUGACGAGCUGCCUCCCUAUGCUCACACCAGCGAUUUGGGAAAUACUAUCUCCGGCGUAUGACCGCAUGAGUGAAAUUUCUCUCACUUUCUUGAUGAAAACCUUGACGUUAGAUGUCAAGUACUUCCGAGCAUGCGUUCAUAAAAUGUUUGAGAAUGAAAGCUGGGAAAUAAGAUUCCAAGCGCUUGACAACGCAUUCGGUAUUUUUACCAAAAUGGAUGCGACGUUUCAGACUAAAUGGCUAGGUAUGCUUUCACACCUUGGCCCUCUCUUCAGUUACUUUGUCAGCAGCAUAUGGGAUAGUGAUGAAUCUGUUCGAUCAAAAGCGUCGUCAUAUUUGAGGGCGCUCAGCACGCUGCAUCGUCGGUCUGCGUUCCGCUGUUGGGAAGCAUACUUCUUGAAUUCGACCACCAAGCAAAAGAUAGACUUGGUCAAAAUCAUGACCCAGCUGCAUGCGGUGUAUCCAGAUUGGCAAGUACUUGAAUGGGAAUCGUUACUGGAGGCGCUGGAAAUGGAGUUUCAGGCCGAUGUCAAUGACCAGCAAUAUGACGUACUACAAGAGUAUACCCGGCCUGAAAGCCUCUUCAUUGGAUCUAGUAGUACGAAAGCUGUAUCGACAGGCUUAACACCAGGGCAAUCACUCGCUGAACAUGAGAAUCUUCAAGUUUUAAUGCUGACUUUAGCUCUCCAAAUGGCUGGAAGCAAUCUCAGCAUCAGUUUAUUGCAGCUUUCUCGAUUCAAGUAUUGUGUGGUGAAAAGCAUGGGCUUCCAAAAUUGCGAAAAAUUCCACACCUCAGGCACCAUUUUGGAAGUGACUUUCGCCAAUUUAGUGUUCAAAGCCGAGGACUUUUCACAGGUUAGCAUGGUUUUGGCAUGCACCAGAGGGUUGAAAAAGAUACUCGACCAUUUCACGCCGGUCAAUCCAGAAUCGAUUGCUGCAAUUGGCGUGGAUGCUGUUGACAAGUUCAAAGCUGGGCUGAAUGAAAAUAUCAACUAUGGCGACCAAUUUGUUGAUGUGGUGUUCAAAAUGUUCAAUUCCGGUGUCGACCUCACUCAACUCAGUCACUUGAUGCUCAAGAUAUGGUUAGAGCUAAUUCUGAUCGUUGUGUACAAGCACAAUAUCCUUGAAAGGACUUACGAAAAUAUGGUGAUAUCCUGCAUGAAGCAAGUGAUCGAUUUACUUGCAAGAGACAUCAGCGAGGAGAACAAGCUGCUUAUUCUACAGAUUUUGCAUCGUCUACAUACCCGAUCUGAUCAUUUGACGGCCAUGGUGCUAUCCAAGCAAAUCAUGGCCCUAGGAAAAUUGAUGACCAAGCAUAAAGAAGAUAUGGAAGACCCAGUACUGUUGAAAGCAAAAUUGUUCUUGAAAUCGGCUUUCACGCGCUUUGCCACUGCUGGAUUGUUCGUACUGAUGUUCAAGAAUCAAGCGGUAUCCGACGAAAACAACCAAGACGUCGACCUCUUCUUUGUUCUGCGCACUGUCAUAGAUCCUGGCGAUCUUGUACAGGAUGAAGGGCAAAUUGAAGUCAUAUACCUUAGAGAUCAACCUGUACGAGAUGUUCUAGAAAAGCUUAUGAAUCAGCAAAUGGAGCGCCGUGCGUUUUCAAAUGUUCUACACAACGUCUCUCGAUAUGUUGAAGUUGUCCAUUCUCACCCGUACAGUGAGAGUGUAUUGAACGACUACAGCGUUUUCUUGACAGCCUUGUGCAAGCACACUAUAGAAUGGCGACGGUCGGAAUGGGAUAUCAACCCAGUACUAACUAUGUCAGCAAUAUUAUUGAAGGAACAUCCAUACGAUUCCAAGACCCUCCUAUUACCCAUACGUAAUGUGUUUAAACACGCUCUACACCAUUGCUCAGUUUCGGCAGAGUCUAUAGUGAAAUUAUUGGCAACAUAUUCAGCGCUCGCUACUCUACCUGGUGUUGACCCAGUCAACAUUUUUGGCCAAACCGUUCUAGAAGAACUUAAGAGCAGUUUUCAGGCUCGGUCUAAAAUGAGUCGUGAAACAGUGCUGUGUAUGCUUCAGGUAACGUGCUGUUUAGAAUAGUAC